AAUAAAGUAAAUCUGGUUCGUCCGUUUCCAUUUCUCUGCAACUCUCAAACGACCACCACCACCAACAAAAAAGCGAGUGGAGUGAAAUACUUUGUUUUGGCUUGCAUUCAUCCCAAUACGACGACGUUUUGGAGACAUGAGCCUGGUUUCCGAGGACGGCGAAGCGGACGGAAACGGGAAAGUGAGCCCGGUGGUUGUGGUCGGAGUGAAGUUUGACGCGGAGAGUCGGGAAUUGCUGACGUGGGCGCUGGUCAAAGUGGCUGAACCUGGUGAUCGUGUCGUUGCUCUUCAUGUUCUUAAUAGAGUAAUUGACAGUACCGGUUCGCUUAUCUCGUUGGUGAAGGCUUUUGAUUCUAUGCUCGCUGUUUAUGAAGGUUUCUGCAACUUAAAGCAGGUUGAUUUGAAGCUGAAAGUGUGUAGAGGGUCAUCAGUGAAGAAAAUUCUGGUAAGAGAAGCAAAGUCAUAUGGUGCGGCUAAGCUAGUUGUUGGGACCUCUAAGACUCGCCAUCGAAUUCGCUCUUCCGCAUCUGUUGCUAAGUUCUGUGCAAAAAAAUUGUCUAAAAGUUUCUGGGUUUUUGCUGUUAAUAAUGGCAAAAUUUUGUUUCAGAGAGAUGGAAAUUAUACUACAACGGAUAUUUUACAAGAUGCUAAUCAACAGAAAGAUCGAUCAGUUCAUAGAUCUUUAAGUAAGAAUGGGAAAGUUUUAAUUGAUGGAAAUGUUACUGGAGUUGAAAAUAAAUCGUGCAAACAAUGUCAAGGCUUCUUGCACAAAUCAGGUUCAAGUUUUAAAAACAGAACCCAGAAGAAUUGUACUUCUGGUGAUUCAAAGACACCAUUGGCUGAGUCAUCUGUGGAUGGGAAUGUGGAAAAUUCAUUGGCAUUGGUACCUUAUCAAAACAAUGAGGUGGCUAUGAGUUCAAAUUCCCUGGUAGUUCUAGAGCUACCCCAGUCGAAACAUGGUUGGUCAGUGGCUCGUCGGGUGAUUUUCCCCGAACAUCAGCGUUUGGAGAAAUCUUCCCAGAACAAGACAUCUUUGAUACAGUGGGUUCUGAGACUUCCAAGCUGGUAUACUUCUGCCAUUGUCUAUCCUGAUCGUAAACAGACUCAAUCUGUUAAAUCAGAUGAGGAUCUUAAUUCCAUGUUUGAUGGGGAGAGUGGGGCAAUUGUGCCUUUUGAUAAUGAGGCUACACGUCCUCUUUCACCAUAUCAGGGGUUUCCCAAAGAGUUGGAGAAUUUGCAUGACAGAUUCUCAUCCACCUGUAGGUUACUCAGCUACAAGGAACUUUCUUUGGCUACAUCUGAUUUCCAUCCUGAUAAUAUGGUUGGUAAAGGUGGACAUAGUCAUGUUUAUAGAGGGUCUCUUGUCGAUGGCAAGGAACUUGCUGUGAAAAUCUUGAAGCCAUCAGUGGAUGUGUUGAAAGAGUUUGUUUCAGAAAUUGAGAUCAUUACAUCUUUACACCACAAGAAUAUAACCUCCUUAUUUGGAUUCUGUUUUGAGGACAAUAAAUUGCUUUUGGUGUAUGACUUCCUGUCAAGAGGAAGCCUAGAAGAGAGCCUUCAUGGUAAUAAGAAGGAUGCAAAAUCAUUUGGUUGGAAUGAGAGGUAUAAAGUGGCUCUGGGUGUAGCUGAGGCGCUGGAUUAUCUACACAAUAGUUGUGAUCAACCAGUCAUCCACAGGGAUGUGAAAUCUUCUAACAUUCUUUUGUUGGAUGAUUUUGAACCACAGCUGUCUGAUUUUGGACUUGCCAGCUGGGCUUCAACUUCCUCAUCACAUUUAAUUUGUACAGAUAUUGCAGGAACUUUUGGGUACUUAGCCCCUGAAUAUGUCAUGCAUGGAAAAGUGAGUGACAAAAUUGAUGUCUAUGCAUUUGGUGUUGUGCUUCUGGAGCUUCUAUCUGGUAGAAAGCCUAUUAACAGAGAAAACCCAAGGGGUGAGGAAAGUCUGGUUAUGUGGGCUAAACCAAUUUUGAAGGAUGGCAAGUUUCCACAAUUGCUGGAUCCAAGCUUAGCUCAUGAUAUUGAUGAUGUUCAGCUUGAGAGAAUGGUUUUGGCUGCAACACUAUGCAUCAUAAGAGCUCCUAGUCGUAGGCCUCAAAUUAACCUCGUUUUAAGACUUCUUCAAGGUGAUGAGGAAGCAAAAAUGUGGGGAAGGCAACAACUUGGUGCAGCAGAAGAGCUUGAUGUCAGUGAUGAAGCAUUUCCUCAUGAUAUUGAGUCCCAUCUGAACCUUGCACUUCUAGAUGUGGAUGACAAUACUCUUUCUAUCGGUAGCUCUGAGCGAACUGUAUCAAUAGAAGAUUACUUGAAAGGCAGAUGGAGUCAAACAUCAAGCUUCACUAGCCAUGUUUUCGGUUGAAAGCCACUGUGCAAAUCUUUUUCAUUUGUACAUUCCUUUCAGUUGGUUAGCUUUUUAGUUUAAUGACAGAAACAGGGUCUUGGAAGUGAGGUCUUUCAGAAGAGUUUUGCCCCCUCCCUGACUUAGAAGCAGUGAUGCAGCCAAUGUAUCCGCAGAGUGGUUUUGAGCGCCAUUAGAGUAUAAUGAGUUGCCGUGUAUUAUUAAAUAAGAGUUGUUCCCAAAUAGUACCUGAAAGCAGCGGAAAAUAUUGGUGCAGAGGCAUUUAAUUUCUUGACGAAAUUGUAAAGUUUUCUGUAAAGUUAUUUCUUCUGUUUUGACAAAUGUCUGGGACAGAACCAGAAUUGGUUUGACCUGAAUGAGCUUCUCUUUUGGAGCUCCCUUGUGCUUUCUUAAAUGAAAUUACUCGUUUAAGAUCUUUGAUUUUUAAA